AUGUGGGUCAAUUUCCUGCUGAAGGAAAACACGCCAUGGCUGGGAAUUGAAGCCACGUCCCUCAGAUUGAAAGACGAGAAGGUACCAGGAUGCACCAAUUCAACCUGUAUCAACGGACAAUGUAUCGAUGGGAUAGCGGGAUCAGUUUGUGGCUGUGAACCUGGUUGGACUGGAGAAAACUGCGAUGCUGAUAUCGACGAAUGUGAGGUUUGGCCGCAUCCUUGCCUUAACGAUGGAGAGUGUCUUGAUGACCGGAACGGUUACAUCUGCAUCUGUGCUCCGGCAUUCAUGGGGGACAGAUGCGAAAUUGGGAAUGUGACGCGCCUUGUUGGAGGCACCGUGAGUUCUGAAGGUCGAGUGGAAGUGUAUUGGAAGGGUCAAUGGGGAACGGUUUGCGACGAUUACUGGGAUAUGAGUGAUGCCAACGUGACCUGUCGGUCGCUUGGCUUUAGUCACGCUCUGGAAGCAGUCAUAUUCGCCCAAAUAUUCGGUCAAGGAAGUGGGCCAAUUGUCCUUGAUGACCUCUCCUGUUCCGGAAGUGAAAUGAACCUUUUUGAAUGCCCGAGACUGAAUCACAGAGGCCUUGGGGUCCACAACUGUCGACAUAUAGAAGAUGCAGGAGUUCGCUGUUUCGUACCGACAGAGAUAGAUUGCGACCCAACAUCGUGUAUAAACGGACAUUGUGGGGAUAGAACGAAUGGAUGUGUAUGUGACCAAGGAUGGACUGGCUACUUGUGUAAUCAAGAUAUCGAUGAAUGCACUACUUCUCCUUGUAUGAGUAAUAAAAGUUGUCACAAUGAAGAUGGAGGUUUUUCGUGUUACUGCGAUCCAGGGUGGACAGGAACACACUGCAAUAAUCGGAAUGUGACGCGCCUUGUUGGAGGCACCGUGAGUUCUGAAGGUCGAGUGGAAGUGUAUUGGAAGGGUCAAUGGGGAACGGUUUGCGACGAUUACUGGGAUAUGAGUGAUGCCAACGUGACCUGUCGGUCGCUUGGCUUUAGUCACGCUCUGGAAGCAGUCAUAUACGCCUACACAUUCGGUCAAGGGAGUGGGCCAAUUGUCCUUGAUGACAUCUUCUGUUCCGGAAGUGAAAUGAACCUUUUUGAAUGCCCGAGACUUGAUAGAGGCAUUGGGGACCACGACUGUCGACAUAUAGAAGAUGCAGGAGUUCGCUGUUUCGUACCGACAGAGAUAGAUUGCGACCCAACAUCGUGUAUAAACGGACAUUGUGGGGAUAGAACGAAUGGAUGUGUAUGUGACCAAGGAUGGACUGGCUACUUGUGUAAUCAAGAUAUCGAUGAAUGCACUACUUCUCCUUGUAUGAGUAAUAAAAGUUGUCACAAUGAAGAUGGAGGUUUUUCGUGUUACUGCGAUCCAGGGUGGACAGGAACACACUGCAAUAAUCGGAAUGUGACGCGCCUUGUUGGAGGCACCGUGAGUUCUGAAGGUCGAGUGGAAGUGUAUUGGAAGGGUCAAUGGGGAACGGUUUGCGACGAUUACUGGGAUAUGAGUGAUGCCAACGUGACCUGUCGGUCGCUUGGCUUUAGUCACGCUCUGGAAGCAGUCAUAUACGCCUACACAUUCGGUCAAGGGAGUGGGCCAAUUGUCCUUGAUGACAUCUUCUGUUCCGGAAGUGAAAUGAACCUUUUUGAAUGCCCGAGACUUGAUAGAGGCAUUGGGGACCACGACUGUCGACAUAUAGAAGAUGCAGGAGUUCGCUGUUUCGUACCGACAGAAAUCUGUGAGAAGCCAUGUCAGAAUGGUGGCGAAUGCAUCUUCAAUGAAGGAAGAUCCGAGUGCACGUGCGCAGACGGAUGGAACGGAGAGUUAUGCGAACAAGAUACAUCUACAACAGUACAGCCAACAACUACUACAAUAACAACGGAAACUACAAUUGAUCUCACUGCUGAUUUCGAGGGAAGGAGUGAUAUGCCUGACCAUGCUGUUGAUACAUCUACAACAGUACAGCCAACAACUACUACAGUAACAACAGAAACCACAAUUGAUCUCACUGCUGACUUCGAGGGAAGGAAAGAUAUGCCUGACUAUGCUGUUGGUUUGCUUACUGUUGGCAUUGCAGCUAUAUUGAUAUCCAUACUCCUCGUCUCUGUCCUCAUUGUUAAGAAGUUCUCACAAAUUACCAGGCUUUUGGGAUCAAAAGGUUUACGACGAAAUCGGGUAGACGCCAGCGCACCUGAAGACCAUUAUAAGCAGGAUCCCCCUCCAAAAUACGAAGCUGUAGCCGGUGACAAACAAGAUAUUACAGCAGAAGAUACAGUUUAGAAAGAAUAUUUAAAAGAGAGUGCGCAGCUAGAUAAUAUUUUAUUUUACAGAUCAAAUAUAUACAAAGGUUAAAUUAGGUGAAAAUGAUAUAAUACAGCAUAUGACAUAAAUAUUUACAUAGUAUAAAACAAAGUAAUUGUAAGAAAUACUAACUAGUGUAAAUGGUAGAAAAAUACUGAUACAACCAACUGGAUACAACAUAGAACAUAUUAAACUAAGGGUUAUUGGAUCAAAGUUAAGUAUAAGAAAUUUGUCAGCAUGUAAUUAUUUUUUAAUUAUUUCUAAAAUCAAAAUAAACUCGCAAUAUAUGGAAUUGUUGCAGCAUCGUUUUAUAACUGAAACUAGGAUUUAAGGAACGAAACAAGAAAGUUUUGAUACGAGCAUUUGCUUACGUUAGCCUCGAACUCUGGAAUAGCUUACACCUAAAGCGCCAUCCGUGAUCUUGAACAACAUCAAAUCAAAACUUAACCUAAAUGUAUUUAGACAAUGAUCAACAUAUAAUGAAUUCUUAUAUAGCACUGCAUAUUUGUCGAAAGCUAUCUACGCUCUGUAAAUCUAGUACAUUGUCAUUAUAAAAGAUAGUGCUAAGGAAUACGUUAUUGAUAUGUCUAUACACUGUCAGAAAAUUUAUCCUAAAAAAAAAUGAAGUUCCUGCAGCAGAGUCUCGAGAACACCUGUAAUCUUACCAUAUUGCGCAAUCUUACAUUAUAUCAUGUAAAUUUACAGGAAAUUUGUAUUUAGUGUAUGGAACCUUACAAAUUUCCUUAAAUAAAACACCCUUUUUCCCUUUUUAAACAGACCUGUUCUUUUUAAUUGCAGAAUAAAUCCCGUUUUAUGAAUUUACAGAAUGAUUCUGUUAUUGCUUUGUGCGAAAUCUUCUGUUGUUUUUUUUUUCUGUAAAAUCAUGUUUUUUUUACAGUGUAGGGCAUUUUAUCAAUCACUUUGCAGACGCUUUCUACAAGGCACCAACCCUUUUGAAAAUGCAACUUUGAUUAUAAUGAAGAGCUGAGGUUUUUUUUUUGGUCAAAAGUUGGUGGAUAGGGACUGAAGAAAAUUGCAAGUAUGUCAUUUGACCAGACUCCAAGACUGCUGCUUCGGUUCACCUAUUUUCAACAAAGGCCUCUUUGUAAUGAAGGUUUUUUGACGAUAGAUUAUCUACGUUCCAGAAAGCGUCUGCAUAGUAUUUGCGAAAACUCCCGAUUGAUAAUGAGAAAACAGAGACAAAAAUAUUGAGAGUGUAUAAAGGUUAGUAAAAGGCCUGCCACCACGAUCAAAACAAUGUGCAGCAUUUUUAAACUGCAUGAGUUUGAUCAGUGUUGAUCAAUAAUCGCAGCUCAUUGAUAUACCGUGGAUUUCAAAUCGAUUCUUCCUUGUUUUCGAAAAUCAAGAGUUUCUACGCAAAAUUAAAGUUUAAUUCAAUUAAAUAGAAUUAUGAGAAAGGUGGUAACCUUUUCGUAAAGUAAUGUAUUAUUAGGAUUUUUUGUUUACUACCUAGGAACUUAAUUAUGAUGGGACAUUCAAAUACAUUGCGCAUUGAUAUCUCACAAGGUAUCAAAUGGAGGAUGACAUGUUUUGAUUUCCUGUUCAUAGACUAUUCCGUGUACAGAAGCGUGUUUAAUUUUGUAUAAAUUUUCAUGCCGUGAAUUGUCAGUAUCAUGUGUUACACGUUCUAUCAUACUUGACACGAACGUUUGUUGAUUAGAAAAUGUGUGUGAAAGCUUAUAAUUUAUUAUCUGAAAAAAAUAUUAAUAGUCGUACAAGGGGUCUACAUGGAUGAAAGGGUGAUGCAGGGCACAUAAUGGUAUUGCAAAAACUGUUUUGUUUAGUUUUUUUCCGUUGACCAUUAGAUGGGUCAACAUUGAAUAAUUAUGACAGCUGACUUAAGUUGCUUCAGGGAUAUUUUCUAAACCUUGUCUCCACAGUACUGUUUGUGAAUUUUUUUUAAUGUAAAGUUGCUGUGUUUUUGCUGAUGUACUUUCUUUUGUAAAUGCCAGCUUUUUGUAGUGUGAAAUGUUAAGUAGUAUAUAUCGUUAAACAAGGUUAUAAUUAAGAUAAACCAAUACUGGCGUUACAUAUAGUAUGUGUGUGUCAAAUAGAGGCCACGGUAAGACAGGGGAAAGUAUCAGAAUAGUUGAGAUCUAGGUAUGACCGCUAGACAAGGCCCUGAUCGAUUUUCUAACAGGGGGUGCUGGUUUAAAUUUGACAAGU